CGUUUUCCCAUCAUGCAGUUUCAGAAACAUGGUGGCUGAUAGCUUUCACAACAUAGGUGUCACUGGUGUUAUCUAGCACAUUCUUGCACUUAUUAAUUAAUCAAUACGGGAAUAUUGGUGUUAAUUGGAUUCUACACAAUGCCGAAAUAUUACGAGGAUAAAGAAGAAGAUACCAGAGCCUGUGCAGGUAUCAGAGAGGACUUCAAGGCUUGUCUCCUUCAGCACGACUGCGUGCUAAAGGAGGGGAAGAUGCCCAGUGAGUGUUUGAAGGAAGGCCACUGCAAAGCCCUGCAGACAUCCUUCUUUGAGUGCAAGAGGUCAAUGCUGGACACGAGGUCGAGGUUCAGAGGAAGGAAAGGAUAUUGAGGAACCAUCUGAACACCAAUUAUGGCUUGGCUAUGAAAUACUUGUAAAGUACUGAAAUCAUUCAUCUGCACUACUCACGUGUCAGUGAAAGCCACGCCCUCAUCUGAAGGACACGUGUCGAGAAAAUGAGCAGCAAAGGACUCUAAAAUAUUAAAGAACAAUGUCCACUGACGCACAAAAGGAUUACCAACUCAUCAGCAGUAGGGGUGCUGAAAAAGAGCUGGCUGGAGCUUUCUAUGGAUGAAUGACUGUGUGUGCUGUGCUAUUAGAGACUUGAUGUGAUGAAAUAAUUAAUAAACUGCAUAAAA